GCGAAAUCAUUAUUCUUCGCUUGUAAAGUUAUAUAUUGUUUUGAGUUUAUUUUCUACGUUAUAGAUGUUUUUUGCUUCUCUUGUUGCUUAUGGUUUUCUUUUUUAAGUACCAUGAACGACUUGGGUAUGGCGAAACCUGUAGGGAUUAUGCCGAACCAUCUCGAUUUGAGGGAGAUCACUUUCACAAAUCUUUUGCUGUUGGAUUUUAACCCAGCAGAAAUGGAGUCCAAAUACCGAGUGGUAUUUAAUCGGUAAGGUCAAGUUUAAGAUAACUGUAGCAUUAUUAAAAGACCGUCAGUGUGUUCAACGAUAACUUCUUCAACCGAUGAUUUAUUCAAAUGGUCAGAAAGCAGGAUCCUGCUUUCUGACAAGUUGAAGAUAUCAUCGGUUGAAGACGUCAUUUGUUGAUCGAGGCAGUGUAAACAUUACGUACAUACUUGCGAGUACGCUAAACAGGAAAGUGUUGUUUUCUUUUUCCUGUAAAUGAAAACAGCAAUUAGCAUGGACGUAUAACCGGUGUGAGCCUAAUCUUCUGAAAACACUGAGGUCACACUGGAUAGCUUUUUAAAAGCAAGCUUAUAAAGGCUCAAAGCCUAUGGGAAGAAAUCAGGAUUUACAAGGUUGUCAUUACGAAUUCUAGUAGCAGGAGAAAGAUUUAACAUAAAAAGUAGUCAUAGGCUACCGAUCAUUAGCAAGAGAAUUCAGCGUAGUAAACGGAGAAUUCUUCCAUCUCCACCCUGGAUACGCUACAUGGCUAAGUUCACAUGCACUGGAUGAUCGCACCCUGCAUUCACACAGUACUAUUCAAUAUUUUUCCUCUCUUCACACAGAGCUCUGAACAGCUAAGCAGCUGUUUCCAUGUGAACAGAACACCUAAACGUACGAAUUUCAAACCAGUGAAAAAUGCAUCGUGAUUUGUGAAGAUAACCUUGCCUUGGGCUCCCUUGCCUCAUCUUUUUUUGAAAUGUUGCAUUCCUAGGCGCCCUCAAGUUUCCUUCUUCCCUGUCAGCAGAGGCCUCUUUUCCCUGGUUUUGACCUCUGCUAGCAGGGGAAGUCUCCUUCUUGAGCAGUACCCAGAUGCUCUACAAGAUCAUAGCUUUAGGCAAGACUAGUCAAGGUACAAAAUAAUGUACCAUUUAUUUUUUAAAGUAAGUGGGGAUAAUCAACUGUAUAAUUUGUGUAGGAUGUACAUGAAAAGCUAUUCUCUGAGUACUCCUUUAAUUAUGUGGAUAUACAAUGUAGCCUUCAGCAGCCAUCAACCUCUUUGUGUAUCUUUCUUUUCAGAGACAUGUUUGCUUUGCCAAACAAGAAGGCCAUGGAGGUUGUUAUGCAUUUUCUCUUUACCAGACUCCAUCCUCAGCUGGCUUAUGAAGAGUUCAGGUGUUAUAAAUUUAGUUGUUUGCAAUCAAUUGUCACAAUACAUUUGCCAAACUAGCCGUCAUAACUAAUCAUGACCAAAGUAAGAACUAAUUAAGGCAGACAUGAUUGUAAUGUUAUAUUUGUGAAUCAGAAAACCUAGUAUGUUGGAAAGCCUCUAUCAGGAGUUAAUUGAUUCUCAAUAAAAGUUAUUGUCAGCAUUGUUUUAUUUUUUCUUUCCUUCUUGAAAAACAUUAAUUUUUCUCAUGAACACAGAGAUUGCUGGCCUGUUCGAGAUAAAGUGCUUGAGCAACAGUUUAGAAAAGUAUGCUUCAGCUGGGUGUCCAGAAUACAAAAGGUAUUUUAAUUUAGUAUCUGCAAGUUGUAAUUAGGUUGUUGUCAUUGACCUGUCAAGUUGACUGGGUUUUUACAACCUGUGCAGUGCAAGAUGUACUCCAUCAAAUAUUUUGAUCACAAUACCAUACAGCACAUACAGUACAAUGUACAUGCUUAUAACAAGUUCAUGUACAAAUACAUUGUAGUCAAGGACCACAAGGUACAUGUCAUUUAUAUCAUUAACAUAAUUGACAAAUUCACAUUGCCCUUCAAAAAAGUUCCUACAUGUACAUGUAUAUGUUUUGGUUCAAUUUUAUCUCUGGUACAAGUGUUAUUUUCUUUUGUUUCUGGGUAUGGUAAUAUAUGAUAAUGAAUUUGAAACAAAAGAAAAAAAAUUAAACAAAGGAUAAAAUUAAACCACAACAUAAAUACUACAGACAAAGUAAAUGAACUCAUGCCUCAUGCCUUGCUUUGCAAGUGAUUGAUUUGUUUAUUCUGUAAUAAUAAUUAUUGUUAUAGGAAGAUCCAGAGGCAAGGUUACCCAGAAUUGUUCAAUCUCUCUUCCACUCUCCUGGAGGUACCAGCAUAAGAUUUAUGUGCAGGGGUUUUGUAAUCUAAUUUUUGCUUAGACUGCAUAUAUAGCUGUGGUGGUUCAAUUUUAUCCCCUGUUUAAAUUUUAUUUCCUUUUGUUUUUGGGUAUGGUAAUGUACGAUAAUGAGUUUGGAACAAAAGGAAAUUAAGUUUAAACCAAGGACAAAUUUGAACCACAACAUAGCCACCUCUCAUAAUUUGUUGCACAUCAAUAACGUCUCUUUAUUUUAUAACUCAUAGCAACACAAGCUAGUCAGUGUAAUAUUUUAUUGUGAAUGUAUUAACUGAUGAAGUGAUACAAUGUACGUGAUUGUGAUACUUCUGAAGUACAUUUUUGAAUGAUGUAUUUGAUACUGGGCUGUCUUUAAGGGCUUGGCACUGGGGAUUUCCCCCAGCUACUAUGAGCAGGUCACUUGAAUCUUAGAGACAGCCCGCCCAGGCCCUUGGUUUAUUAAAGCACAUGUAUGCCUUUCUAAAGAAAAAACCUUCUUAUGAUUCUCUAAUGUAUCAAGCGUUAACUUACCUGACCCUGCACUGUGCAAUGAUAUGCAUUAUAUGAACAGUGUAAGCAGCACAGCAGCUACUAAAUUGUUAACCUCCCAGUAUAACAUGUUUUUCUGUCCCUUCCUUUGAUCAGGGUUUGCACAGUCUUGAAAGGUCUUUGAAUUUUAGGGGAAGUCCUUGAAAAGUCCUUGAUUUUCUUCAACUUUGAAUGUAGUGGCCUCAUUCAGAGAAGAGUUUUUUGAUGCUUUUUGCUUGUCCAAGACAGAUAUGAAUCAUAGCCCAUAGAAUUUAAAGGUUAUUUACACAAAGUGCUCAAUGUUUUAUGCAAUAAUUAACUAUCAAUUUAAGACAAGUGAUCUGAAAAAUGUAGAGAAGUUGGUGAAGCAAACAUUUGAAGCCUUAAAGCCUUAUUAGAACAGACUGGGAAUGUGCAUUUUUAUAGAAUCUGUGAAAUUAUACUCCUAGUAGGUGGUCCUUGAAAAUCUAAUGUAGUCCUUAAAAAGUCCUUGAAAAAUGGUUGACAUUUUUUGUGUGAACACCCAGUUGAUGCUUAUCCCCUUAAAAUUUGUAAGAACCUGGUGAUCCUGAUACUGAAUUUCCUUCUAUACCUUGCACAGGAGAUCGAUUUUAUGCCUUUCUUCAUCAUUUCUCAUUGUAUGUUCUGACAAAGGUCAUGCACCGAGAUCAUGGUAGGUGUUGAACAUAAUUAAGUCUUAUUUUUCUUUUGUACCUUUUGGUACUGCCAUUUAUUGUUUUAGAAUAACAUGGUAAAAGGUUGAUAAAUAGUUCAAAAUUUUUUUCAAAUGCCAUAGCGGUGAGUCCAUUAUUGAAAUAUUAAAUAUAAUUUCCUGUUUAAUAUGGCCUGUAUGAUCAAACAUCCUUUUACUAUCUGGAUCAGCAAGGUUACUACAAAAUGAUAAAUCAUAAAGCUGAUUGCUUAUAAAGGCAUCUCUGAGGAAAAAAAAAACUAUCGAAUAUUUCUACAGUUGUAUCAUGAUUAUUUGCUUUUUUCUUGGCUUUUUCCCGUUAGGCAAAACAAUCAGCAUCCCUACAUUUCCAACCAAGACUGUGCAUAAUCAUUCCUUUACACAAGUCAUGUCAAGAGCACUGGAGGCUCAUUAUAUUGUUUUGAAAAAGAGGUAAUCAUUUUAAAAAAUAAAGCCAUCGAACAAAGGAAUAGCUACAGGUAUAUUAAAAUGCUUCAUCCCUAAUAGUAAUAAUGCCUUCAAAUAUAGUCUAAUUUAUUUAGUUAGUGAUUGUUCUCAAUAACAUAUUAAAACUUGUCUUUAAUUCAAUAAAAACUGUUUUAAAAAAAACCAAGCCAAACUUCCAAAUAAAUAUUGUUUAAAAUUAUUUAUGUUAUUUUUGUAAAAUGAUUAAAAAAUAAUGUUUUCCACAUUGCUAGUCUUGUGCAUCUCACAUGGGCAAAUAUAUCAUUGUUUUUCAGAUUAAAUAGGAUUUUCUUUUUCUUCUUUUUACUGGAUAUUUUUGUCACUGUUGACUAUUCAUUGCUGAAACACAGAAUAAAUAAAAAAUACUUGGUUUCACUGUAGGUAUACAUAUAAUCUGCUUUUUUCAUUAGAUUUCUCGAGUUUACACAACAAGCGGUGCAAGUUGAACAUCACUGGAAAGAGUUUGCAAUGUAAGUAAAGAGCAAUUGAAAAAAUUUUGAUGUUUGAGGGAAGAAGGUACAGACAGUACGUAACAUGCAGGUCUGUCAUUAAUGGCUGCAGGCCGUACAUUUUACACGUACAUGUAUACCUAGUUGUUAUGCAAUAAAUAGGGAAAUCUUAUGUCAGUGUUAUGGUAUGCUCUUAGGGAGUCCACAAAGGAAUUCAGGUCUUUGAUGAAAAAGAAGCGUGAUCUUGAAAAACUUGUCAUGGAAAUGGAUGGAAUGAUAGCACCUCGAGGAACAACCAUUGGGUAAGAAUAAACAUGUUAUCAGUAACCUUGUACCAUGUACCAUUUGCACUGAUAGAUUUAGUUACUGUAAUCUGUAGAGUGAAGACAGACUAUCAAGAAGAGGUCGAAGCACUGAAAAGGACUCAGGAGUUGCAAAAGGUAUUAAGUUCUUCGCUAGGAAUUGUUACUUUUCAUUUUGUUGACUUCCCUUUUGUGCUUUCAUUACAAGAUUCUCAACCAAAACAUAACUGUCCAAAAAAAGAAGAGCUUACAGAAACAUAAAGUAAUGCAAAAUCAUCUUAACAAGCUUGCUACUGCCAGUCUUUGUAGGUACUGACCUGUAGAACAACUCACAUCAAGCCCAGGGCUCAAGACAUGAGCUUGUUAUCAGAGAAGUCUUGUCAAAUCUGUUGACAAAAAAAUCAAAACAAAGCAAAGUUAAAUAUAAGCACUACCCAUUUUUCCCCCACUUUGAUUGCAUGGAUAACACCUGAAAGCCUCAUAAGCCUACUGAUGGUGAAGUCUGAUUAAGGUUACCAUUUCGUGAACAAAGUGAGGUAUAUGGAGAUGUAAAGCACAGUGCAUUACCUUCAUAGUGAUCAGCAAUUACACUGUGCACAAAAUACUUGGCAUGACUGUCACAAGGAUCAUCGUCAGGUUGAAAUUACCUGCGAAACAAUAGACUCCCUGGGUAGUUAGUUAGCAACUGCUCUAAAUAUCAGAGAACUCUUCAUAGCUCUCUCAUUCCUCUGUCCUCCUCCAAUGCCUGUCCUUGAGGAGAUACAGUGUAGUGACCAGGUUUGGCCAAAGUAUUCCAUAAUCUUUUAUUGCAAAGUCCCAAAUAGGACUUCAACUCCUUGACACUUGUAGGACACUAAGCUUCAUAAUCACAACUGUCCUCUGCAGGAGGAGGUGAAUGUUAUUGUUGUCAAUCCAGUGUCUAAGAAAAGUGAGGGCCCAGUGAAGGAAAGUAAAGUUGCAUGAUGAUACUGUGUUCUUGAAAAUGCCUAAAACCCUUCCCCAGAUACACAGGGGAACACCCUGAAUCAGAACAUCAUCCAAAUGGCAUAUUGUGAACUUUAUGCCGGGCCUGCAGAAUCUGGUCCAUAAAUUCUCUGAAAUGUGGCUGGUGCACUGGAGACUCCAAAUGGCACCAAGUUUGUAGUGAUGCAACCCCUUGUGAGUCUUAAUGGUCAGGUACUCCUGGCCUGAUUGAUCUUUAUCCAACUUGCUUAAGUUGGAUGACGUUGCCCACAUAUACUCUAAAUAACUGCUAAAUACUUUUCCCUGGCUGAUGUUGCAGCUAAAUCUUCUGCAUUAGGUAAAGAGCUAGUACUGAUGAGAAUCAACACACCAGAGUAUUGUUAACAAACUAGUCACCACACUUGCAGCAAACCAUCUUUCUUGGGGCUAACACCAUCGAGAGAGCCCUCUCGUUUUGGCUUACUUUGUAACUGAUCCUUUCAUUUCCUCCAGUUUCCCUAACUCUUGCCCAACUUUUUCAUUGAGUGCAUAUGCAGCUGGUCAUGCUGAUGGAAUAGGUGAGGCAAGAGUGGAUGACAUCAAGACAUGCUGAACUUUAAGCAAGCAUGUGUCUUCCCAACACCUCCCUCCCUCUCCCCCAGAAAAAAAUAUUGUACAUUAGUAGGUAUGUAGAUGUAUUGUAAUGAACAUAAUUUACAGACCAAUGAUUUUCAUGUGUGUGUAAUCUAUAGGUUCGUGACUUAUGGGCAGGGAUUGCAGAAUUUUACACAGUCCAGUCACCUCAGGUAUGCCUUGCAGCUCGUAUGAUGUAGGAUUUCGUUUUAUGUUUGCAUUCUAGCUCAGCUUUUUUCUUCCUGCUACUUUUCACAUGGCUCAAAUGGUCAUGUGCCUGAAUUAGUCCAAUGUUGUUUGGAGAGUACAAUCCAGUGGUGAGCACUAACGCAAUAUUGAUUCUUCAUUCAGGGAAUGCAAGCAAGCAUCAAAGCCACAACUAUACUUACACUGUGCUUCACAGUUUUGUUUUCUCACCCCUGAUUGGCUUUUUCUUCACUACACAAUAACAUUCCAUAAAUAUUUCUGCUGUUCACACUUUAUUUAUGAUAAGCUUUAUGCUCAUGCCAACUUUGUUUUAAUAUUAUUGUUUUUUCAACUUAACAGAGAAGUAUAGUAGACUCAGUGCUCCAAGGUGAAGCAAACAAGUAUCAAAUUGAUGCUGCUGACUUUCAGCCAAGGGUAAGCGAAAAACAUUAUUAUUGAUAAUCAAUUUGGCCUCAAUAGACUACUCUAGAUACUUACCUUAAUUGCCAAUUUCUCAAUAUAAAAUCUCAUUUUUAAUUGAAAGGAGAACCUGAAUGGUAUUCGUUGUCACAAAAUGGUAAGGGCUGCCAAUAAUGUACUUUUCCCAUUCUUUAAGGCUGGAUGCAGCAUUGCAGAGUUUGUACAUGUAAGUUAUGUCUGAACAUUGGGCUGCUGGACCAAUUUCUGUUAGUGUUGUCCUGUGGUUUCCUUUCUUCAAGUUUGCCUUUGCCCUCAGGUGUGACAAUGCCCUGCCUACCUUAACAGUGGCUCACUUUCUAAAGAGUAAAGUGGCACAGUGCAGUGUGUGUCUCAUAUAUACAUUUAUUAACUUGAGCGAUGGAUUAUUUCCUGUUUUGUUAUUUUCAGGUUCCAGACUUGCUGUUGAGAGAUUGUGAAAGAGAAAUAAAAAAGGUAAAUGGUUUGUUAUUCCACCUUCCUUUGCUAACUCCUUGAGUAACAGGAAUAUGUGUAAAGUUUGUGUUCAUUUAGAUAUUUUACUUUUUCUUUUAUUCAUUCGCAGAAAAAUAUUGAAGACACUUAUGUUAGUGGGAAAGUCAAUCUGUUUAGGUGAGAUGGAAGAAUUUAGAGAAUUAAUUUGGUAUUUGUUGAAGUCUUUAACAACUUGAUUCCCUGAUUUCCUUUCCCUGCAAACAGCCUCAUUCAACUCUGGAACUUGUCCCUGAGUAAGAUAAAGGAGCAGCUAUCUCAAGGUUUGUCACAGUUGUUUUGGUUUAUUUGUUUGUUGACGAGAAAAUACCGUAGAACUUUCACAUAGAGCCAUUUGAAUUGAACAUUGGGCCAUUGACAAACAAAAGUUGUGGAGGUUUAUUUGAUCCAUUGCUGUGCCUUUUCAAUGAAAGAAGGUGGAGUGGUUUAUGUGAUUAAGGUUGGUGGUUGUUGUUUUAUUGUUUUAUGUUUUCUUCUCAGAUUCUCUUCCUGGCUUUGAUGAUCAGAGUCCAGUAAUGAAAUCAGCACUGCAUACUCAUUACGCUCAUCUUACAAACACCACAGCUCUGAGGUAGGCAUUCAUCAUCAUCAUCAUUAUCAAUAUUUUUACUAGUACAACCAUGUACCUAUAUAUUGGUAAAUUUCAAUAACACCUGCUAUCACCUUUUCUCCCUUUUUUUGCCAUGAUUCAAUGGUAAAAGCUUCUGUCUUCUCAGUUCUUUCCUGAGGUUAACCACAGAUGCCAGCUUUUUUGUACUUUUAGUUGAAUCAGUGCUGUCACUAAUAUUAUUGUUAUUAUUAUUAAUAUUUAAAAUACAUGGCAAAGUUGAAUGGUUGCUAACAAAGAUAUGAAAUUUUCUUACAUUGUCAGCUAUUAUGUUUCUAAAAAGCAACUUAGCUCUGACUUCUAACUGCCCUUCAUCAAAGUCCUGUUAAUAAUAUUUUGAUCCAUAAUUCAUAUUGUACUGUUAAAAGGAUAUAAAAUUUAAUCAAAUUAGUUAAAACUAGGGUUGUUGUACCUGGCAGGAGGUGCAUUUUCAUAACAUUCAUAACAUCAUUUCCAAGGGCAUUUCAGACAGGCGACUUAUUGUCUUUUCAUUUAUUUUUUCAGGGAGGCAAUCCAAGCGACAAUGCCUUCAAUGAAGGAAUCAAUCCAUGAAAUGAAGCAGCAGUGUUAUAAGAGCUUUGAGAAGCAGGACAGUUCACAUCAUGAAGCACCUGUUGUAUUUGUGAGUGAGAAUGAGAAACUCUUCAUCUCUGCACGUACAUUCCUCAACUGUUUUCCCUCAUCAUUUAAAAGAGGACUCUGUAGACCAGAUAAAUUUUGUUCUAAUGUACUUGCAAAUGAAUCUAGUAUAUGAAUUACGUUGCUGUUGUGACUAUUUCUUUUUAGUUGCCUUGCUGUUAUUAAUAAAGAGAUUAAGAGUCAGGUUUACGACAAACGGCAAACGCCAGAUUCAAGUUGAGAAAUUCUCAGAAUAGAAAAUAAGCAGGUAAAAACUGUCCAGAACAAUUCUUAUGGAUAAAACUGGCGUGAAACUACUUAUUUUUGUGUAGAGGUAAUAAACAGCAGACGACAGUUGAGGGGAAAACUUGGUCACGUGGUACAAACUCACGUUUGCCGUUUGGGGUAAACGUGAAUCGUAAUCUCUCUAAUGUAAUUUUUGGAUUGUUAAUUGCUAGAUUAUUCUUACAGCUGUAUAAGGUAAUAUGAUCGUUAUGUACUGGGCAGAAAAACAAAAGAAAAGUUUGUUGAUGAUUUUGUUACUUGCACAACUUAACCAAUCCCUCAGCGUAAAAGAUGCAUUAUCACUCCGCAUGUACUUUUUAAAUGUUUCAGAAACUUGGCCUUGUUCCUCCUACUCCACCUGUGUCAUUUGCAGCCGCUAAAACACCAGCAGCAGCAGAGAGAAUUGCUUCAUUUAAUGAAACUCUCAGGAUGUCACCAGAAACAGGUUUACAACACUUAGCACUCUUUUUCACUUCAGUUAACAAAAAAAAUUCAGUGGUUUAGUUUUCAACAGAUACUGUAUUUAUUUGUUAAAUAUGCUGAGUCUCUGAUUGUUGAAAUGUUAAUUUAGUGUCAACCCCUGAUGUCAUUCAAGCAUGGACCCAAUCUUCCAAAAAAAACCAGUUGAGUGGUAAGGGUAGGUAACCCAACAAAUUAUUUGCUAGCGACUAACAUGUCUUGUAUUCUGUAUUACCACCAUUGUUUUAAUCAGUCAUUUUUUCUUGUAUCAAGUUACCAUUAUCCUUUAGUUGGUGAUUGAAUCCUUUCUUUCUAUUUUUUGUUUUGUUUUGUUUUGUUAGAUUCCCAGGAAUCUUUGGCAAAGCAAGCAAAGUAUGUUACUAUAAUACCCUGCAUUGUCUUUAUCUACAAUUUCCGCCAUUAUUUUAUUUUUGACUUGAAAGCAGAUAGUGGUAGAGAUUUCUUUGCUAACAUUGUUUCAAUUUUGUUUUUGAGGAUCAGAAAUGCAGAGCCCUCAAGACUUCCACGACCGAAACGGCAUGUACAACCAGCUUCCCAGGUACUCAUUUGAAAAUGCAAACAGUCAGUAACUGCGUCUUAAGAUUGUGACAAAAACAAUGAGAUGAACUAAGAUAUCCACUCUACAUGGCAAACAAUUAUCAUCGCACAGUUCCUUACCUGACCAACUUCUAUGAUUUUUUGUUCACUCAAUUAUUUAAUGUUCUUUUAUUUGUCUUUCUGGUUUAGGGUGCAACUGCCAAACCGAUUACCUCAAAGUCGACGCAAAAGAGGAAAACGAAACCAACUAAAAGUUACACUCAAAAAAGCGUCCUGUACCCGGUAUGCGUUAACAUUCUAUCUUCACCAUUUGUUAACUCUCGAAAGUUAUGCUAGGAGUUUCCAACAAUGGGUGGGUAAACUGGCAUACAGCAAGGUCUCUUAUUAAACAAGAAAAUCAAGUAAAGAGAUACUAUAGUUUGCUUUUGAUUGAUUGUUCCCUUUUUUUCUGUACACGUAUAAAGCACUAUGUCACCCCAAGAGGUCAGGAGGUAAAGAAAGGGAUGGCUAAGGAAUCCCCAUUAAUUCUUCAACCGCAAACAAUUUUAGCAAAUCAGGUGAGUAACUACGCUCAGUCUCUAACCGGCUCGGGUGUCUCGAUGCGCCCCGGGUGUGCCGCGGGAGUACUGCGGGCGUAUCAAGACACCCAAGGCUGGAGACUGUAACUGGUUUUGUCUUUUUUUUACUGAUUAUCCCUUGAUGUUAUCUUUUUUGGUAGCCUGAUGUCCCAGCCGUUAAUCCUAAAUGUCAGGAUUCUUCAAUGAAUUCAAUCAAACAUUUUACAUUCAAUAACGUUUCCUGUCAUGUUUUGAGAGAGCCAUUUAAUUUUAAGUAUAUGUUUUACAUGAUCGUUUAACCCAUAUCCCUAUGUGUUAUUUGCCAUUACAGAUAGCAGACGCCGUUGCCAUGGAUGAGACAACUUCCAGUUCACUGUCAUCCACGACUUCUUCAUCUAGAGCCAGUACUCCCAUUGUAUGAUAUUUAUUGAUUUAUUUUUACAACCAAACUCCUCGAAUUAGCAAAAGCCUAAGAUUCAUUCGUUCACUUAAAUAGAUACGCUUUUUUGUUUGCGAUGUGUCAAAAACAACACACGCGAAUGUUUCUUCCCCUGCUAUAAUAAUAUAGUGGCUUGUCUCCAAUCGCUACAUAUAAUACUCUUCUACCUCCUCCACUCUCACAGGUGGCUCAAGCAUUAGUGGACCCUGUUGGUGCCUUAGGUACGUUUCAUUCUUGUUAUCUUCCAAGUCCUACAUCAAAAUAGAGGGAACUUCACUUUAUUGCACAUUUGUUUUGUUGUUGUUUUUGUUUUUUCUUUACAGCAACUGUGGAACAGUUACAGUUUCAUAUUUGGGUAAAAUGUGAUCACCAACUGAUACAAUCCUGUCGACAGAGAUAGAAACUCCUUUCACAUAUAGUUCGUACAAUGUUGAAUAGGUCUUGAAUUCUAAUAGUCGUCUUGAAAAAUCCUUGAAUUCGGUUAAGGUCCUUGAAAAGUACUCGAUUUCUUCAUAAGGUCUUAAAUAGUCCUUGAAAUUCACUACUUUAGUUUGUUUACGCCACCUCGUUUUCUGUGAAAGAAGAUUAUUUUGCAGAGGAAAAUUUAGCUCAUCCUCGGUUUAAGAGCCUGUAAAACUCACGGGUAACGCAAAGCGUUUCUGUGCAUGAACGAUCUUAUUUUUCAGAUGCAACUGCAAGUCAUACCCAGUGACUGUUGUCGUUUUCCAAAGCAUGGUGUUACGGAAAGUAGUAUAAAAUAAUGUGAUCAAAUAUGGCUGAAGAAGUAAAAAAUCGUUAUUGACCCCAUUGAGUCUUUAACCCAAUCAAAAGGGAGUCAAAGAAUGCCGAUUUAUUGAAUUUAUCUUAGUUCUUGAAACCUGUGAUUUGUCCUUGAAAGGGUCCUUGAAUUUUGUUUGUUUGAAGUUGUACGAACCAUGUUCACACCAAAGGCCAAUUUAGAGACUUUUAUUAUCGUCUCGUUGCGGCUAUUAUUAUUCACGUACAAACGUUCCUACACAUUUCAGCACAAGAUGCUUUUCAGUCUCGAGACCUGAUACCAAGAACUCCAGCGAAACAGGAAGAAGGUUAGUAUCUGAUGGACUUUCAGACUUUAUCCGGUAUUUUACAAAACAACCGCAAACCUUGUCUACUGUUAGCAGUCUGUAGGCAUAUAUGGCAGACUAGAAAACGUUUAACCACUUCGAGUAACUCAUUCAGAAACAGAUCUGGAUGUCCACCGAUUGUCUGAAACCACGGUCUAUGUUAGACUCUGUUUUAAUAACCAGAUCAUAAAGUAUUUGGUUCUAAGUUAACUCAUUUAUACUAUACGACUGCCUUUAAGAUUACAAUUUAAAGCAGUUCUCGUUUUAUCGCUCUUUUUUUGUCUUUUAGAAGCGACCUUCACGAAACCUAUCAGUGAAAACAAAUCUGGGCGCCUUUUGGAAACAAUCCUUGAUGAUUCUCAGUCAGGAGUAGCUACUCCAAGUCCAAUUUUUGAGGAAAAUUCAACAGUUCCAUCCUCCCAAGCUGACCUAAGUUGGUCUGACAUCAACAUCACUCCAAGGUUACUUAAAACCUCGUACGUUCAAGAGUCGCCUCCAGAGCGUGAUUCCUUGCCAGUGAGUGUAAGAACAGCUUUUGACCUGUCUGGUGUGAAGCGAACCCCUGGUGUAGCUCCUGAAGAGACGGUUAAUGAACAUGAGUCUUUUAAUCUCUCAUUCAUCCGAGCUACUCCAAGGUCAGUCAAAAAAUCACUCUUUGAUGAUUCGCCCCACCCACCGGAAAUGAUGACGUCACAACAACAAGCUACUCUCAGUCAGGUAUUUACACAGCAAAUACCACAAUCAUCCAGUUUACCGCUUGACAUUGGUGCGUCACCUAAACUUGACUUUUGGCUGCUUCGUCAAAACGGAGACAACAUUCAAGUGACACCUAACUCGAAAAAAACAGAACUUUUCGAUGGAUCGCCAACAGAGAACAGCAAUUCGCCAUUUGAAGAUCUUAAAUUUCUUAACAUUUCUGGUGCGCAGUCCAGACCUCAAGAGGAUAAAGAUACGUUGGAGAUGAAACCGCCUAAGGCGAAACCUUCUCAAUUGGAAAUCGGCUUCAGCCUUGCCUCUCCGGCUAGCAAACCGUCACCAGUUAGGAGUCCACUUCAUCCCCGCCGCACCACUCCAGAGAUGAUAGGAGUUUCUAAUUCAAGUCAUCAUAAGCUUGAUACAACAGAGUUGACUGAAAGGCUUAACCGGAUCAAACACCCACCAUCAAAUAACGACGCUUUAGAACUACAACACUAUGAAUCUCUUAAUCAUUCUGUCGCCAGAUCCCCAAACACUGUUGUGAGUGGGGGAACGCCUACACAUCACUCUAAUUCAGUACAUGAAAUGGUCUCCGGAUCUUCUGGUAUAUGUCUUACUCCCACAACCACCAGUGUCACAAAACCAGCUCUACAGCAUAACGUUCUCUCAGAGCAGCGUGACACACCCGUCGCUCCCUUGGAUGUAAAACCCCCAACCAAGCUGAGCACAGGUAGUAAAAACCAUGUACUAUCAUCGUCAAAUGACGUUGACACCUCUGCGCUUAUCCAGAGACUCAACAGAAUAAAAUUAACUCAGCAAUCCGCUUUUUCCACACCACACUACACACCCUUGAGACUACCUGAGGUCUGUGCAGAGGACAGCUUGCCAAGGGAAGAAAAUGCUGCGGAAACGCCUUCAGACGCGUCACUUCUAGCCAGCAGACUGGACCAAAUAAAACAGGCGCAAAAAAGCCAACAGGUAACUGCUUUUGUCGGGCUUCUGUCAUAUAACUCUCUACAAGGUACGCAUUUAGACCUGGUUCCCAUCGUCUUGCGACAUUAGUAAUUGGCACUAUGGGAGAGGUGUAGUCAGUAAUAAUUAUGAUCAUUAAAAGUAGUAAUAUAACUUAAAAGUAGUCCCGCCCUUGAAGGAAGGCCUGGUGUACAGGCUGUUUUCCCAAUAUCAGGUACCCCGACAGGUAGUGACCUAGCAUGGCUUCUUUCAUUUCAGGUUAUUUCUAUUAUGGGUAAGAGAAAGCUUUCACGUUUGUUUUCCACGCUUGUUUUAUGUUGGAUCGUUUCAGAAAAUCAAGAGAGUAUAAUACUACACAUGUUUGUUGUUAUAGGUCACACCUGGAGCAAUCACUGGCGAGGACUUGAGUACCAGUCGCACAAGUGAGCCCGCUCUUCUAACACCGCUGACACCAAGUAGUGGGGCCUCACCUUCAGAGGAUGGUAUUAAGAAUGAGCUGGUCAAUUUCUCAUUUAACUCACCUCGAAACGUGACAAGCCCGCCUGGUUCGCCAUCUUCCUACCUCGAUCGAAAUUUCUUUUUGCAAUCACCAUUCAAACACGACCAGGCGUUUACCAGUCCUUUGCAUGGAAACUCAACCAUUUCGAUGGACAUCGGUGUAGGCCUUGGGCUUGUUGAAGAACCGCAGUGGGAGGCAGCCACCCCAAGCCUACCGCAGCGACUUGCAGCUAGGACGGGUCCCGCUUCAGCAGGAAAGACCUCUUCUGUACCCACUACAAGUAAUAAUGGACUGCAUAGUGUAGUGAUGCACACUACAUUAUCAACCCCUCUUCUGGUAAAUUCUGUUCAGCGACCAGAGCGAAUAACAUGGGUGACUGGAUCAACUCACACUCCUGCAAGCUUAGUUGGCUUAUCGGGAGAAGGUAGGUACAUUAGGUCUUUGGUCUUACUACCCGGUCAAAACCCUCUAUGAGCAAGUUUUGGUCGUGUUUUAUUGUCCGUAUUCCGGAAUAGUAAUCGGCGGAGUGAAAUCCAGAAAUCACUUGUUUGGGCAUUCAAUGCAUCGUACCAUCUAGAAACCUUGUUGGAAGAUCACGGUAUAUAAAGAGAUUUGUUAGAAAACCUUUGCGUAUUCUUAUGAAUACUGGCAAUCAUUGGAAAGCUGUCUAAGUUAUGCUCCGUGCAGAUGAUUGUGGGAUAUUUUCGCUCCUCUCUUGCUCUGUGGUUUUCCUUGUUGUUCAGUCGGCGUUGUUUAACUUUCGCCCCUAAAACUUAUCCGGCUGUGUUCACAACCAUGAGGUGAAUUCUUCGGCGGCGAACCAUUUAGUCAGCUUUGCGUUUGGUUUGAUCCAAGUUAUGUCUCUGUAAAUCUUAUUACCUCGAGAGACGUGAAAGCAAGAGAAAUCUCGUUGAAAGAUUUCCCUCGUGAAAGCGGGACCUCAAAAUUACUUUCAAAAUUGGCAACCGCGGGACUAUUUUGUCGCUGCCGGAAUAUUAAUGCAAGUGAGUGAUAUACCACUCAACCCUGGUUCGGUAAACCACACUAAGCGACCUUUGACUUUGUGUUCACUUUGUCCUAAGACGAAGCAUCAUGUCAAGCUUCAUGUCAAGCUUCAUGUCAAGCUUCAUGUCAAGCAUGCAAUGGUCUUUUUCACUUAAAAUGUAUGGGAUUGCUCUAGCUACGUUCUCAUGUCUCUUUCUACAUUCUUUUUGUACAUGCACUUAUUAUUAUUAUUAUUAUUAUUAUUAUUAUUAUUAUUAUUAUUACAAGGAUGCUUCGUCUUUCUCUUCAGACAGACAGAAUUUAUCACCGCGCCUUAAUUUGACGUCACCGUUUUCCUAUAAAGGUAAGAAUAUUAAUGUUACGUCCGGAGAAACUACCUUCCAACAAUCUACGGAGCGAUUUUGCAGCCUCUUGAUCGAAGCUAGUAUGUAAAAAGACAGUGACGAUCACUGAAGAAGAGAUCAGGGCUGUUUUCCAACGUUUUGGUGGAACUUCGCAAAUUGCGUUGGUGGACGAGAAUUUUUUUUUGUGGGGGGGGGGUGGUGGCGAGUGGAGGGUGGAGGGUGUGUCGCUUUAAUUUCCUUUGGUUUGAAAUGUCAUCCCCUCUCUCGCUUUAAUUCCCUAUAAUGUGGAAGCUGCCCGUUUAAAGUUAUAUACAGUUCUAUUGUUUCAUAAAGAUCUUGAAAUUAAACUCCUGUCCUCUUUCCAUUACUUUUUUUCUUUUAGGAAGCAUGCCUUCCUCAUUGCAAGAUGUUCCUAAGUCGCCUGUGAUUGGUCAGUUAAUAGACUUGGAGUAGUGAGUUCCUGGUCAUAGAAAGAUACAGUGAAAAAUAGCCGAUCAAAAAAUGAGGAAAACGUUGAUAAGUGCUUUUUAGUACUAACAUAUUGGAAGGAGGAAAAUAUGAUAAGGGAAUUGGGUUUUAUCCUUAUGAUGUUAGCGUGUAUAAUAAGCUGUAGGGACGGU